AUGAAGUGUCUAUAUAUUAUAGUUAAAUCGAUAUUUGUACAUUGGUUAACUCCUAUAUAUAGUUUAGAUCAUUUGAAAGAUUCUUGGACAGUCGUAUCAGGAGGAACUGAUGGUAUCGGUCGUGCUUAUAUUGAAGAAUUGGCUAAAGAAAGAGGAAUCCGUAACUUCUAUCUUCUUGGACGUAAUCCAGAAAAGCUGAAAAACGUUAAAGACUCUUUAGAAAAGACAUAUUCAGCUACAGUUAAGACAGCUGUUUUCAAUUUUGAAUCAUCCGACUAUAGCACAUUACCAUCCGAAUUAUCAGAAAUCGAAGUUGGAAUAUUGGUUAAUUGCGCCGGAAUCGCUCC